AUGCUUGAUUUCAUCUUACUUUUGUUUUCGAUAUUGCAUGGGUUAGCGUAUUGCGAAAGGUUUGAUGAAGAACUUCUCAUCAAAGAUCUAGGUCAUGGAUAUACAGCUUUUCACUUUAACUUUGCCGCAACAACCUCAGAGGCAAUUCUCUCCUCAAAACAUUAUAACAUUCUUCCAAAAUCCAUUAUUCAAAUCUUUAAGAAAUACAGUGUUAAUGAAUUUCAUCUUUCAAUUUCAAGGGGUAUAUGGGAUGAACGCUGGGGCAGCAGUUUUGUAUCAGUUUCUCCUUCUGGAGCUGAAUUAUGGGCGUGGUUUAGAAAUCAAACCACCAGUGUCGAUCAAUCAUGGUUUGAACUAACACAUGCCCUUUCUGGAUUAUUCUGUGCUUCUUUAAAUCGUCUGUCUACGAGUGAGCAUUUUGCUUCUCCUCUUUAUUCGUAUGAAUCGUUUGGAUUACCAGCUGAUAAAGUUGCUGGAGAGGUCAGAUAUUCCCAGCUACCUGGUGAAGGUCUGUGUAGUGAGAACUUGACUCCGUGGACUAAAUAUCUGCCAUGCAAAUCGUUUUCUGGUUUAGGCAGCUUAUUACGACCAACUUCAUUGUUCAAAUCAAAUUAUAAUGCGAUGACGGUUGGAGUAAGAAGAAUCUGUUUGUUAGGAUUUAAAUGCAAUACAGUUGGUUUACAGCUGAUAGAAACACUAACCACUGUUUUCGAUAGGAGUUUAGUGUUUGGAAAAAGAACUUCCCCUUGGUCUAUUAAAAGCAUGCUUGGUUCAGAGAUUAAAGGUUCCUGCAGUGCAGCUGACUCUAGCCGUGUGUUUAUUCUCUCUUCACAUGAAGAUGUCAGUAUAAAGGUAGAUGGUGUGGUGAAGAUUAAAUAUCCCGACACUCGUGUUCUAGCUGCGUAUUCGUCAAAAGAUUUAUCACCAGCGUUUACAUCAUCACCUUUUACGGUGAAUAAGAAAAGACCUAUCUCACAAGCUCUACCUAUUGUUUCUGUUACGAAAUAUGUCACUGGUUCUGGAAAUGUAAGGGGAGGUGUGAAGGCUUCAGUUACUAAUCGAGCUGAUUUCUGUAUAGAAAUAACUUAUUUCGAUUUAAUACCGUGGUACACACAAGUUUUCUUCAGUUCUUUGCAAAUCUACAGUUUGGAUUCUAAAACACAAGAGCGGACGACGAUUACUCCCCGCUGGUUAGCGGUCAAACCAGGUUUAGCCAGGAAACGUAUGGCCAGUAUGGAGUUAAUUAUCACCUUGCCUGCUCAUAGUCAAGUAAUGAUUUAUUAUGAGUUUCGCAAAAUGCUUCAGCGUUGGAAUGAAUUUCCUCCCGAUGCUAAUCAUGGAUUUUUUCUUCCUGCCGCAUCUGUUUCCUACACGUUAAGCAAUGAACAGUUACAUCGCUUAAAUCAGACAAGAUAUGGUGCCCUCCAAAACUUGAAUCUCCCGAAUUGGGCUAGCAGUUACAGUCAGUUUUUUAAUGUAGUGUCAACUGAAUCCAGACUUGGAGAUGGUUUCGUCCAUUUAUACUCUCCUGUAUCUUUGGUCACAAUGCCAACCCCAGAUUUCAGUAUGCCAUUCAAUGUUUUGUGCUUGGUUUGUUCAGUUCUCGCGGUUUUAUUUGGAUCUGUACACAAAGCUACAACAACUGUAUUGAAUGUUAAACUUCAAUCACAUGAAACCGAUUUAAAUUGGGUUCACCAGAUAAACUUGAAGUCUUCACUUUUGUACUCUAUGGUUGUUUUUGUAACUGUUGAUACUGAUAAACAAACUUUCCAAUUCCAAGGAAUCAAAGUGCAUAUACAUACGCCAGUCAGCUCUUUUUCGAGCUAUGGUCAUUAUACAUGGAAGUGUGCAGAAGCUUUAUCUGAUUUCUUGGUAAAGCACCCUGAAGAGGUUCGAGGACUUCGUGUUCUUGAGCUAGGUGCUGGCACUGGUCUGUGUGGAAUUGUUGCUGCUCUUCUUGGUGCUGUUCAUGUUCACUUCACAGACAAAGACAUAACAUGUAGGAAUACGCUAAAUGUAAACGCUCAACUAAAUGGAAUAAGCAAUUAUGAUUUCACUUUAUUGGACUGGAAUUAUCCCUUUAGCUAUAAAGGCGAGCAGUUUGAUGUUAUCCUUGCUUCCGAUUGUAUGUACGACAAAAAGGGUAAGCUUCCAUUCAACUUAUUUUAG